GACCCCGCGCGCUCACACAGUGUCCGCGCCCCUCCCCCAGUGCAGUGCCGCGUCGUGACGGCCGCCCGCUAGCCGCUCCAGUGCCGCGCUGCCCGUGACUCGCCUCGCCUCGCACACUAGCUCCAGGCAGCCGCCGCCAUGAAGGACUUCCUCAGCCUCUUCGGCUUCGUGGCCAAGUCGUACCGCGUGGUCAGCUCGUCCAAGACCGAGGCGGACGCCGCCGACAAGCAGCAGGAGCUCCAGAAGGCCCAGCAGGAGGGCACCAGCACCUGCGAUGCCGCCGCCAAGCUGGGCCGCCGCGGCUCCAAGCCCGGCGUCGUCGUCAACAGGGCGUUCCACGACCCCGACUACCAGCGCCGGCUCCACCGCAGGCGUUCGUGGCUGCUGGUGCUGGCAGGCGUGUUCUCCAUAGGGCUGGGAGCCGGCAUGAUGGCGCUCAAACCGUACGACCAGCUCUUCAGAAUGAAAAUCAUGUUCUUCGACGGCGGCGAGUCGUUCGAGCUGUGGCGGAAGCCGCCGGUGGACCUGUUCCUCAAGGUGUACCUCUUCAACAUCACCAACGCGGACGCCUUCCUCAGCGGCGAGGACAAGAAGCUGCGCUUCGAGGAGGUCGGCCCCUACGUCUACAGGGAGCUGCUGGAGCACGCGAACAUCACGUUCAACGAGAACGGCACGCUGAGCACGUCGCCGCGCCACCCGCUGCUGUGGGCGCCCGACCACAACCCGGUGCGCCGCGAGGACGACCUGCUCGUGCUGCCGCACAUCGCCCUCAUGAGCAUUACACAUGUCAUGAAGGACUCUUCAUUCUUCAUGAAAAUGGGGCUGAAUCUCGUGAUUGGACAGACCAACUCACAGCCUCUGGUGCGGAUGACGGCACGUGAGUUCAUGUUUGGCUACGAGAGCACACUGACUACGCUUGGCAAUACAUUGAUGCCUUCUUGGAUCUACUUUGGAAAAGUUGGCCUUGUCGACCGGAUGUACGACUUCUCAGGUGACACAGCAACAAUCUUCACAGGGUCAAAACAUCUGGGGAAGGCAGGCUUAAUUGACACGUACCGUGGCUCGCAGCACCUGCCACAUUGGCAUGGAGAUCACUGCAGCAGUGUUGUGGGUGCCAGUGAUGCUUCCAAAUUUCCAUCACUCAUCAAUCCCAAUGACACAUUGCUCAUGUAUCGCAAGUCUGUGUGUCGUGCAAUGCCCAUGGUUCGUACAGGAAGUACAGUAAAGAAUGGUUUAUAUGCUUAUAGCUACAAGUUCGUAGAUGGAGUUUUGGAUAAUGGUCGCACAGACCCACGAAACAAAUGCUUUUGUCGGAAUGGGCACUGUCUCCAGGAGGGCUUAAUUGAUGUAACAGACUGCUAUUAUGGUUUUCCUAUUGCAGUUUCAUAUCCUCACUUCUACAAAGCUGACAAAAGUCUUAUAGAAGGUGUGGAAGGAAUACAUCCUGAUCCAGAGAAACACGAGUCGAGAUUUCUUAUUCAGCCAGAUGCUGGACUACCAGUUGAGGUAAAAGUCAGAUUCCAGAUAAACAUGGCGAUGGGAGACGUAUCAUCAUUUCGCUCUGUUCGUCAGUUUAGCAACAUGGUUAUACCGAUGCUCUGGACAGAAGUGGGUAUGUAUGGCCUGCCACGGUUUCUUAACAUACGUUACUAUCUGUACCUGAAUGUACUACCAGUCUUAGAAAAGGUGAUAGUGUAUUUAUCAUUCAUUGUUGGUGUUGGAUUAUUUGCCAUUGUGCUCCUAAGAGUAUGGGUUCAAAGAGCAUCAAAUGGAGGGCAAAUGUAUGACUUCAAGUAUCUCCCUCAGUCAGUGGGACCUGUUGCAGAGGCAGCACAAAUUGUGCGCAGACACAGCAUGAGGGCAAAAGAGCUAGAUUUAUACUACAGCUCCUUACUUGUUCCUCCACCAGAAGCUGAAGAAGAAACUGCUGAGGAAGAUGAGGAUUUCAGUGAUGUGCCUGAGUGUACAAAGAUCAUGAUGGAUUCUGCUCUUGAUGAGGUUUCUGUGUGAUCAUAAGGACCAUUCUUGUGUGAAAGUUGUAUAACAUACUCAAGUCAGAACUUCAAAUAGAAGUCUGUGUUGGAACACAUGCUGAAAGGAACUGCUCCCAGCAGUCUAUAGAUCAGCAUGUUACAUAAAGUUCAGCUUUACAUGUAUGCCAAAAAUAAGGGCACAAUGGAGUGUAAGAUAGUCAGAGGAAUAGGGCUAGUUGAAGUGCAGAGGCUUAUUGGAUUUAUAAGGUUGCACAUAAUUGACCAAAGCAGCCCCUGGCAAUUUGAAGGUAGAAGGUGUCAUUGGGCACCCAAUUAUUCAUUCUCUUCUUUAAAACUGUGAGAAGGAAAUGAAUUUUAACUUCUGAGAAAAAUGGAUAUUCAGUUUUCUUUUAAAGUGAAAGAAAAGUAUUUAAGACUGUUGAACAGCAUACAAAAGACAACUUUGGUAAAAGAAUUGUUGUUGCACUGUUUUAUGUUGUAUUUGAAGUGAAACAUAUGUUUUUAAAAUGAAAAUUUGUCACCUGUGAGAACAUUACUUUUGUUCCAGUUCAACUCUGGUACAAUCUCCAGCACACCGACAUUUAUAUACAUUUUGUACAAUAGUUUGAACACUUGCCUUUUCUAAAAAUUAAAAUGUAAUUCUACAUAUUGUAAAAUAAAGUUAAUGUAGUUUAAAUUAAUUUUGUAUCUGAAGAACAUAAUUGUAUCAUGCGGACUCUGCAAUAGGCCUCUAAAUUAUUUUGUUUUCUAGCAGAUAAUUCAUGUUAAAGCCAAAUAUAAAAGCAUAUACAGUUAUAAAAGUGUGCACAGCACAUACAUACUGUAUGUAUAAAAUGGAAAAUACUGCGUGAAAAAGUUGAGUGGCCAGUGUGUUUAGUGUUAUGUUUCUUUCAUAUAAUAUUAUAUACAGAACAUAUCUUCACUGUGCACUGGUCAUUCAGUGAUAUGUUAGGUGAAUACCAUUCAUGACUGCAUUGUGAUUAUGAAGCACUUCAUCUGUAAGUGAUGCCUCAAAAAGAUUCUAAACAAACUGUUCUGCAUACCCGCUGCAGUAGUGUGUGUUAAUUUAAGACAACUGAACGUAAUUAGUUGAGGCAUAAGUUACUUUCAGAGGUCAGUUUUUGGUGUUCAGGGUUGCCUUAUGUAAUGUUCAUAGGAAUGUCGUCAUUUUACUAAUGGUCAGCUGUGAAACUGUUAUUCAUUAAGAAUUUUUCUUGCAACAUCAUUGCUGCAAUUGUUUCCAGAUAUAGAAAAUUAUAAAUAUAUAUAUAAAAAAGAACUAUACAGAGGUAGCUUACAAACAAUAUCUGACACAGUUUACUAAAUUGCUGUCUUCCAUAUUUUCAAUACCACAUGUAAAUGUGACAUACCUGAUAUGAUGUAAUAAGAUAUGUUUUUAUAUUGUAAAGAUGAGUUUUUAGUGACAAAAUAAUUUUAGAAGCAGCUAUUUGUGAAGUGAACAUUUGAGGUAAUAGAGAGUAAAUGUGUUGAACUGUA